UCAUUUAUUUAACUAAAUAAAUUCAUGAUAAUACUGAAUCAACAAUGGGACACGUUCGGUGUAGUACUAGAUUUGUAGUAAUGAGCUGAAUUUUGGUAUGGUGCUAAGGUCAAUUCUCCGUUUGUGCAAUGAAAUGGUGCAAAAAGCGUGGGUAUUUUGAUUGCCUAAUUUGAUGUUGUUUGAGCAAAACUUUGGAUAACUGUGUUGUUUAUGUUGCAAGAAAUGGAGAAAACAACACUGUUGCCCAAAGUUUUGCUCAAACAGCAUCAAAUUAGUCAAGGAAUCAUAAUACCCACGCCGCCAAGCACCAUAUUGCCACAGUCAGUGGUGGAUUGAAACAUUUCAAGUGGUGAAUAAAAUUAGUAUGGGAAAUUAAGCGAUUGCAGCGCCACACUAUUGCCACUUGUGUUGCCGAUGAAAUAUUCCUUACACAAAAUUCAGAUUGGACUUGGAUGUCUGUUCUCUGUGGUAUAGUUGAGGUCGAAAUACGUAUCUGUCAAAGGAUACAAAUUAAAAGGAACAGUACCUACCACGAUUUUGUUUUUAAAACAUGCAAAAUUUCUGAAAAGUUUACACACUAAGCUCAGCUCGGUAUUUUUCCCAUCUUUUUACUGAGUUCUCAACAGCAGAUUUAACUCGGUACGCUCGGUUGUUUAUUUUGCGGAUAUUCUGUAAAUGUGUUACUGAGCUCAGCUAAGAAACUGUCAAAAAUUACUGAAACACGGUAAAUAUCGUUACUGGUGAACGGUAAAUACGAUUACCGAGUGUACCGAGAUAAAUCUGCUGUUGAAAACUCAGUAAAAAGAUGGAAAAAUUACUGAAUUCAGUGAAAAAAUUACUGAGCUGGAGCAUCUGAAUCUUAGUGUGUACCUAUGGUGAGUACGUAAAGAGAGUUUGUGGGGUGCUGAAGGAAAAACUCAAUCACUUUAUUAGAAAUUAUUAUCAGUGUAAAUGUAACUUCUACAGUAUUUUAAAGUUAGAUUAUCCUACAAAUAGUGAGCUCUCUUUAUUUGGUUUGUUUAAAAAUAAAUGAGAAAUGUUGAACUCUACCGUCAAAAUUAAUGAAAUUACAAGAAUCACGCAUUGCAUACUUUUAGGCGUUUGUCGGGUUAUAUUUCUGCCCCAAUUUAUAAGUCCUUUUUCUAUUCUUUUUGAGUGGUUAUAAUCUCUCCCACUUGUUUAGAGCUGUACUGAAUCUAUACGGAUCAGAAUAUAACGAUAGCGUGGAAGUUGUGCUGAAAUAGAACUCGAGAAAAUUAUCAGAUAUUGAGGACCUACAAUAAAGAUUUUUUUUGGAACUACACCAUAGACUUCCAUUUUUUCGUCAAAUCAUGUUUAUUGUGUUGGAACUUGACCUUUGGUAACAAAUUCAUUUGAAGAUUUGAAUUGUGAGACACCUUGGAUACAAUCUAUUGUAAUCUAAUGGUUUGAACGCUGAAUCCAAAAGUAACAAUGAAUUCAAAUGUUAAUAUAUUACUUGGCUAUGUAACAAUGGAAUCUUAUGUAAACCUAUUCUUACCAUUAUAAAGAAUCAAAUUUGAAAAAUACUGUAUAAUACAUUCACAAUAGAAGCAAUGUUAACAUAAGAAUCUGUUGUUUUUCAAUUGUUUCUCCCAUAGCCUUAAUUGUUCGUUUUUAUCCGGGAAUCCCAGAGAGAUGAAAUAAUAGGGUAAUGUUUUUUUUUUCAUUUCUUUGAUUUUUCUAAAGUUGAACUCAUUGGCCACGGCAAAGCGCAGACCUUAUAAUUUCUUAGGUAUUUCUAAAUGAAAAAUGAUGUCAUUAUCUUUGUUAAAUCCGGAGGUAUAAAAAGAAGCCUCUGUUUGCCUGCUUCUUUGCAUCACUCUUUGCGAAUGCGCUCGAUGGAGAAAAACAGGUUUAGACAACGUGAACCAAAACUCGAAAUGGCCACCCAUAACUUCUGAGGGGGAUUUUUGUUACUGUUGUUCACCUGUAGUUUGGAUUGCUUGUGGAAGAUUUAAUUUCUAGGGAUGAUACAACUGAAAAGCAUUCGCACAAAGUUUAUCGGAACAGCAUUAUGAAAUUUACUCAAUAUUACGAAAAUCCUCAUUUUUUGAUUGAUCUUGAAUAAACUCUAAAAGUUUUCGGUGUAAAGAAACUGAGUUUAAAAAUAAAUUUGUGGGAGAUAUAGAAACAUAUCAUAUUUUUUCAAUAAAAUAAAAUUCCUGGUUUUUAUUGAAAGUAAAUCAUCUAAAACGGUUCAAUCACUGAAGUAGAAAAUGGGAUUUCACAAAUCGCAACUUCAGUUUCGAUACUAGAUUGCUAUAUUUUGAGAAAUUUCAAUUUGCAAAAUCAAAAAAUGUAAUACCUAAUGGCAAGCCAACUAAAGAGUGCAAUUUUACUAAAAUUUCUUGCCAUCACCUCCAUACACGCACAUUUCGUUUAAGCGUUUGUUGUUGAGUUUCAUUCUCUUUCAAAACUGAUAUUUUUGGGGAAACAUAUUUGAGCGUGUAUUUUAUAGCCAAAUAUAUUCGGCAAUCAUGUUUUGCGUGGCGCGUGAUUGUAUCAGAUCUGUGAAAACUGUUGCGAAGUACGGUCGUUUGGUGCGUGGCAGAAGACAAAACAGAUUGGUGGAUUAAGUCGAUUGUGAUUUGGGCUCUAUUAAGUUUAUCGGUGAGAUAUUCCAGUUUUACAUAUAAGUACCAAUCAGCCUACGUCAGUGAAAACAAUUUUUGGUUUUUGUUGCAAAUAAAUGUGAGAAUUCAAGUGGAAAAGAAGGUGACCAUUUUGGUUAAUGUUUAAUUUGCAUUACAAGUUAAUGCUCAGAAUGUCUUUAUUCAGUGGAACUAUUUGGCCACGGCAAAGCGGAGGUCUUGUUAUUUUCAUCGCGUCACUUAUAACAGAACAGGAGAUACACACUAAACAUUCAGAAUGGCAAACCCGAAACUGAAUGUCAUAGAUCCGGAAAUUGAACCGCUUGUGGAGUACGAAAGCAGCAUCAAAUCUGGAACUCACGGUGAUGUGUACCAAAGGCAGUUAGCCCAACUUCUUUUGCUUAGGCUGACUCGAGAAGAGAGGGAUUUCAGCUUGGCUUACGAACUAACAUCCGCGGAUAAGUUUGAUGACGUGGUGCUGUACGAUGAGACAGCCAAGCAAUGGAUUUUUCUACAAUCAAAACAUGCCGACGGCAAAGAUUCAAAGAUAGAUCUGAAUGGCUUGCUACCAAAAACGCAUCGAGAGAAAGGAGAUUUCAGUUUGUACAAAUAUUUCACUUCUUACAUGAUAAUUCGAAAUAGAUUCAAAGGCAAAAUCAACUUAGUGCUAUUCACCAACAAAAAACUAGAUGAAAAGUUGAAAACCGCAGAAGAUUACGUGAUGAUCAAGGAUCGAUAUGUAGAUGAAUAUCUUCGCUUUGCAUCUGAUGGAGCAACCCAAAAAUUACUCAUACCGAGUGAAUCAACAAUACAAUCAAUCGUGGAAUACACUAACAAAGAUUUAUAUUCCCUGAAGGACGCUAUCAAGCAACUUUUUACUAAAGGAAUCAUUACAGAUCAACUUAUAAAGUACAAAGCAUAUUUGAAAGAUGUUUUAAAGGAGUCGGGAAACUAUCAAAUAAGAUUCUCAGAAACAUUUGACGAAUCACUGAUUUUUAUUUCUGAAUUGUACAAAAGGCUUCAAUCAGAGCUACAGACUUUUAAACCUAUUGGUAAACCACCAGAACUCGAUAUCAAAGGAAUAGAAUAUAUUUCUACAAAUUUGCUGUCGGUGGAUCUCAAACAUCUAGCUGGUGCCAUCGAAAAUCUUUUUCGUAAUGGAAUUGUAUCUGAUUAUUUGAAAAAAUACAAAGAUCUUCUAGGUUUGAUCUUGACAACGACUGCACAUGACCAGCUAGCAUUCAAAGAAACAUUCAAUAAUAAUUUAGUCUCUAAAGCUGAAUUGUGUAGAAUGCUUAAGGCUGAACUGAGUGACAUGGAUAAAGUGGUUACAUUGAAGCAGAAACUUUUUGAUGGAAGGGAUUUACGGACCAAACACCAUUCAGUAUUGUUCUAUGCGGAGGCGUCUGAUGUGAGACAAUUUUUUGAGCUUCUCACUUUAUCUGUGGAUCAACCGGAUGAGUUGGAACCCUUCAUCAUCGAAGAAUUGAACUUAUGGAUGAGAAUGUGGCUGCGACCUGACGUUUUAGGUAAGCUAAAAGAAUAUCAUUACAAACAUUCUGUGAAGGAUUUAGAUGAUCAUUUUGAAGCAACACUAAAACGCGAACAAAGUAAUUUCAAACCAUAUUUGAAUCAACAAUACGUUUUGCAGUAUUGCAGCAAGUUACGGUUGAGAAUUGAAGAUUUUUUUCCAGAAUUGAAUUAUACGAAUGAGUUAUAUAUUAACAGAGUGCUAAUAUUUGAAAACGAGGAUAUCGACGAACCACAAUAUUUAAAAGCUUCUCAAUUGGAUGGAGACACAACAUCUCUAUCUAAAAAAACUUGUGAGAAAAUGACAGAUAUUGAAUUUGCAGCAAAUCUGAAGUUAAAGUUUUCACAGUACCGGUGUUUAGUUUUGAUGGCGGACCCUGGGGUCGGUAAAACAAAACUUCUUCAAUACCUUGCCUUUGAACUUCAAAAACUGAAGUCAGGAACUGUUUACCUAUUUUACUUAAACAGACUACAAGAUUCUAAGGAAGCUUCCGGCAAUGAAGCAUCAUUGAAUAUCCUCAAAUGUGUAUUAUCUGACAAGAAUAUUUUGCUGAUACAAAAAGCUUUGGAAAAUAGGUCCGAUGAUCACAUUACAAUAAUAUUUGAUGGGUAUGACGAAAUACAUAAAAAAAAUAUUAACAAAAUAAAUAGACUGUUGGAAUUAUUGUUCACAUCAAAACAAAUUCAGAUCAUAAUAAGUGUAAGAAAUUAUGAGAAAAAUACACUGCAAAGGUUUUUUGAGGAAUUCAAGAUUAUUGGCGGAUACUUUUCUUUGGAGGCGUUCAGCAAAGAAAAUAUUAUUGAAUACCUUAAACAGUCUUGGAAAGAAAAAGUAGAGAGUGAUAUAGAUCUCAAAUUUCACUCAUAUGCCAAAUUCUUGGUUGAUAAAUUCUAUAGCUUGUGCAGAGUUCCAUUGAUGGUUGAAAUGAUAUCGAAAAUAUACAAACAGCGUUUCGAAUUAUUCAAAGAAACUAGUAUGGUCGAUGAAGAAGAUGAAAUAAGCUAUUUGGAAAAGGAGUUCUUAGAAUUUGAAUACAUUUACGAAUUUUUUAUCGAAAAUUGUUUACAAUUAAAGAUAGAAGAUGCAUGUCAUGGCAUUGGCAAAGUUGAUCCAAAUAAACAAAUUUUUGAUGGGUUUUAUCUUGAUCAUCAACUGCUGGCAAUAGAAUUUCUUGAUGUUGGUGAGCUUAAAUUUAUUUUUAAAACCCCAAAAUACAUGAAGAAAUGGGAGUAUAUUCAGAGAAAUCAUCAAAACCAGUUCGAAAAGUCCAUUUUACUGAAUUUUGUUGACGGUAAAUUUUCGUUUUCACAUCAUUCUUAUGCUGAGUAUUUUGUUGCGACAUUUCUAUGGGAUGAUUUAAUUAAUUUGAAGAGCAUUAUUAAAAAUAUUUUAACUUGUUUCACAGGAAUAAGAAAGUUUUUCAUUAAAAUAAUUGAAAAAAACAUCAAACUGUUUGUAUCAAAAAUCGCCCAAGAGACGUCCUUUAAUUCAAAAGAUGUCGUUUUUUGGGCAUGUGAAAGCAAUGCUGUAGAGUUAUUAAAAUAUGUGCUUUCAAAAAAAUUUCUGUUCAGGCCAAGUGAAACCAAAAUGUUUCACAUUGCCAUUAAAAACGGCAGUGACAAAAUAUGUUCCUAUUUGAUCGAUGACUGCAAAGUACAUCCUGAUGUUAAGUAUGAUGAUGGUCUAGCUCCUCUUCAUUCGGCCGUAAUAUACGGACAUAUAUAUUUAGUACAAUUACUGCUAGGAAAAGGAGCAGACUUAAAUAUUCGAAACACAGCGGGAUGGUCAGUUCUACAUUAUGCAGUUCAUCACAAACAAAUGGCUAUUACAAAUUUUUUGAUCGAUAUAGGCACAGACGUUCAUUCCAUAACCAAAAACAAAUGGAAUGCACUUCACAUAGCUUGCUGUAAUGGUGAUGCUGAUAUGACGAAAAUGUUGUUACAAAAAGGUGUACGGCACGAUGUAACGACAAAUGAAGGUAAAACUCCUUUUGAUUUAGCUGCGGUAGGAGGACACACAGAAGUUGUUAUCAUUUUAAUUGAAGAAUUGCCUAAAAAAUUUCCUUUUAACUGGAAAGUCGACGAUGCAUUAUGGACAGUUCUUAGUAAUGGCCAUGCCUCUUUGAUGAAAAUGCUUAUAAGUGAAUAUGCACCAUCAAUCUUUUUAGUUGAUCCUGGCAUUGUAGCUUGGAAAAUAAUAAUUAAAAAAUUUGGAAGAUUGAUAAACUAUGGUGCCAAUGUUAACGCAAAGAAUAGUAUUGGGUGUACAGCACUACAUCUCAGUGCAUCUGAAGGUAGCUAUCUUGUUGUGGAACUACUGCUUGGUAAAGGUGCUGAUGUAUACGCUGUUGACACAAAUAAUUGGACACCGCUUCAUUUUGCAUGUCAGAAUGGUAAUAAAGAGGUUGUAGAAAUAUUGAUCAGGGAAAAAGCCAACAUUGAGGCAUUAGGCCAAAGGAACUGGACACCUCUUCAUAUAGCAUGUCAGAAUGGUCAUAAAGAGGUUGUGAAAAUAUUGAUUAGGGAAAAAGUCGUCAUUGACGCAUUGGCUGAAAAUAAGUUCACACCUCUUCAUUUAGCAUGCGAGAAUGGUCAUGAAGAGGUUGUGGAAAUAUUAAUCGGGGGAAAAGUCAACAUUGAAGCAUUGGCUGAAAAGAAGUUCACGCCUCUUCAUUUGGCAUGCCGGAAUGGUCGAAAAGAGGUUGUGGAAAUAUUAAUUAGGGAAAAUGCUAACAUUUUCGCAUUGGAUGAAGAUAAAUACACAUCGCUUCAUUUAGCAUGCUGCAAUGGUCAUAAAGAGGUUGUGGAAAUAUUAAUUAGGGAAAAAGCCAACAUUGAAGCAUUGGCUGAAAAGAAGUUCACGCCUCUUCAUUUGGCAUGCCGGACUGGCCAUAAAGAAGUUGUUAAAAUAUUAAUUAGGGAAAAAGCUAACACUGACGCAUUGGCUGAGAAAAAGUGCACCCCUCUUCAUUUAGCAUGCGAGAAUGGUCAUAAAGAGGUUGUUGAAAUACUAAUUAGGAAAAAAGCCAAUAUUGAAGCAUUGGAUGAAAAUAAGUCCACACCGCUCCAUUUAGCAUGCGAGAAUGGUCAUGAAAAGGUUGUGGAAAUAUUAAUUAGGAAAAAAGCAAACAUUGAAGCAUUGGAUGAAAAUAAGUCCACACCGCUCCAUUUGGCAUGUCUGAAUGGCCAUAAAAACGUUGUGGAAAUAUUAGUUAGAAAAAAAGCCAACAUUGACGCAUUGGCUGAAAAUAAGUACACACCUCUUCACUUAGCAUGCCAGAAUGGUCGGAAAAAGGUUGUGGAAAUAUUAAUUGGGGAAAAUGCUAACAUUCAUGCAUUGGAUGAAAAUAAGUACACAUCGCUUCAUUGGGCAUGCUGCAAUGGUUAUAGAAAGAUUGUGGAAAUAUUAAUUUGGAAAAAAGCCAAUAUUGAAGCAUUAGCUGAAAAGAAGUUCACACCUCUUCAUUUAGCAUGCGAGAAUGGUCAUGAAAAGGUUGUGGAAAUAUUAAUUAGGAAAAAUGCCAACAUUGACGCAUUGGAUGAAGAUAAGUCCACACCUCUUCAUUUAGCAUGCCUGAAUGGACAUAAAGAAGUUGUGGAAAUAUUAGUUAGGGAAAAAGCCAACAUUGACGCAUUGGCUGAAAAUAAGUACACACCUCUUCAUUUAGCAUGCCUGAAUGGACAUAAAGAAGUUGUGGAAAUAUUGAUUAGGGAAAAAGCCAACAUUGACGCAUUGGCUGAAAAUAAGUACACACCUCUUCAUUUAGCAUGCCGGAAUGGUCAUAAAGAUAUUGCGGAAAAAUUAAUUAGGGAAAAUGCCAACGUUGACGCAUUGGCCGAAAAGAAGUUUACACCUCUUCUUUUAACAUGCUUGAAUGGCCAUAAAGAGAUUGCGGAAAUAGUAUUAUUAUUGUUAACAUUAUUAUUUAUUUUAUUUUAUUAUUAUUUUGUUUACCUUUUAUUGGCUUGAAUAUUGAAAAACGUUACA